AUGGCAUGGCCUCAACAUGAUGGAUUCGACAAGGAGCGGAGGUCUGAGAGACUGGCCAAGGGAUCGCUUGAUGGCUUUUUGCAGGAUACGAUCCUGCGCUGUCGUGUGCAUCGAACCUUUGUAGAAGGAGUUCUGCUGGCACCUUGUCCGCCCCGUUCACGGUCUUGGCCUGAUUUCAGCCCAUCGGUGGUGGAGCUUUUGGACGAGAUUUCCGAGACUGAGUCGCCCAAAGCAGCCGACUGUGAACCACGUGAAGCACAUGAAAUGCAAGAAGAGCUGCCUGGGCAGCCGGAGCAGCGGGAGGAGGCUCAAGGCUGUUUGUCUUGGGACGAGGCUCAAGGCCUGCCCCCUGGGCACGCGCUAUGGAACGGUGUCAGCAAUCUGAUGAUUUGCAAUCUUCCCGCACGGUGCACUCGGCAGGAGCUUUGUACGUUUUUGGGAAGCCUCGUGCCAGGGGCAGCAAUGAAUGUGACGGUCCCACUUUCAGCAAGCGGCCGCAAUCGUGGGUACGGAUUCGUUCGUGCUCCAGAAAGUACAAUCACGUGCCUUGUGCCAGUUCUUUGGCAGAAGUGUGUGCCGACUCGGAAAAGCACUCGCCCACUGAAGCUGCAGCCGGCCAACUUGAAUACAUUGCAGGUUUCAAUGAAGUUCUGCUGA